UCUACAGGACUGCUUCUACCUUGAGGACUUUGAGGGGGCUUGGAAUUAUGUGUUUAAUGUCAAGGUUGAAGCAGUCCUCAAACAAUAGAGACAUGAGAUCAAACAUAAAACCUAUGACAGGUAUGAGGAGGACUGGCAGAGGUUUUUAAACAUCGAUGACCGAGUUGACGAGAUUUAUUUUACGGCUCUCCUCAUGUAUUGGGACAGCGAUGCCACCAAGGGAAAAUCAUUAAUACCGAUACAUUUGAGGGCAAAAGCGGCGUAUGAUACUUUCCGUAAUAGAUAUAGGGGUGAUGAGAAGAAUCAGGAUAAGAUCAAGGCAAAUCUUGAGUUGGUGAUUUGUGCUUUAGAAGGGAUUUAAGGCUGUAUCCAAGGAGGCUGCAUCUGUGUACAUUUCACACGAGGAGGAAUAAACCGAGUCGGACCCUCACAUGCUUUCUACAGAGGAGAACAUCACUCUCACACAGAACCUGAUGGGUCAUAAUAGGAGAGGAAGAUAUCCUCUGCAUGGUGUCGGAGCUUCACCCGGUGUAAGCAUGAGAUCAUCUACAGCAUCCUCCAUGCCAUCUACAUCAAUGAGAUCAGCCACAAGCAGUUUCCAAGCUAUACCAUUUGUCGCACGUAUCUCUGCGUAUUUGAUUGACAAAAUUAACCCGGAGCUGCAUAUUCAGGUGACAAAUGAGAUGACUAGAAUUGCGCUAAUGGCGAACUCGAUGGAUGAUCUCAUGGGGUAUAUUAUACAAUAUUUAGAUGGUGUGAUUCCUUAUAGCGCGUAUGGUGGUAUCAUACGGAUCAUAAGGUCGAUUGGCGAUAAUUCCGAUGCUAGACAGAGCAACGCUCAGAGUGGAGAUAUUGGAGGGAGCAGCACCCGUUCUCGUAAUCGGGAUAGAAAUACUCCCGCCGACGAUGAUGGAUGAGGCUUUUUUUUAUUUUUAAUGCAAUAAACAAUUUUAUUUGUAAUAACACUAUAUUUAUUCAUGUCAUGUAUCCUAUCUUAGUCAUGUACAUUGUUAGUAUAUAUGAUGUUGGAUGUAUAUAUUAGA